CACUUCCUUCUACUUUUCUUCACAAUGUCCAAGGCGUGUCUGGUGCGCGGUUCGAUCAACAUCGACGAGAUCUACACCCUCCCACACAUCGUGCGGCCAGGGGAGACGAUCGCGUCAACAGGCUACGACCAGAAGACGGGCGGCAAGGGCUCAAACCAGGCGUACGCUGCCGCACGGGCGGGUGGGCGCGUGGUGCUCGACGCCCAGAUCGGCGCCGACGGCCUAGCGGUACGCGACCGCAUUGCGGCCGGCGGGGUGGAUGUGAGCCGCGUACGCGUGGUGGAGGACGAGGUGACCGGCCGGGCGAUCAUCCAGCGCUCUAACGAGGGCGAGAACUCGAUCGUCCUGCACGCCGGCGCCAACUUCGCCAACCCAGGCGCCAAGCCCGAACUGGACGGCUUCACCCACCUGCUGCUGCAGAACGAGAUCCCGCUCGAAGACACGCUCGCGUACCUGCGCGAGGCGGGGCGGCGGGGCCUGACCACCAUCUACAACCCCUCGCCCAUGCCGACCCGGGAGCAGCUGCGCGCCUUCCCCUGGUCCUGCCUGACACACUUGAUCGUGAACGAGGGCGAGCUCGCCGACAUUGCGACGGCCUUCGACGCUGCGCCGACAGAGGGCAGUGUCGCGGAGACGGCGCGCGCGCAGAUGCACGCUCUCAGCCGCGCCGAGGGCUUCAACCCCUCCAUCGUCAUCGUCACCACGAUCGGGCCCGAGGGCGUCCUCGUUCUCGACCCGCGCAAGGGGGAGACGUUGGCGUGGCCGGCGGCGCCCGUGUCCAAGGUCGUGGAUACCACCGGCGCGGGCGACACGUUCGCGGGAUACUUCGUGUCGCUGCUUAUGGAGAAGGGCGACGACGCGCCACUGGAUGCCAUCAUCCCCAUCUGCCUCACUGCGUGUGCGCUCACUGUGGAGACGGCUGGCGCGAUGGAGAGCAUUGCUGCGCGGAAGGACGUUGAUGCUCGUGUAGCGCGGUAGUAGCUGGACAAUAUGUAUUGAGAUCCCUUGCGGGCUGUGUUACCGCU